GUUGCUAGCGUCACACAGCCAAACAAUCACUUUGGAGGAAGAGCGAUUCUCUGUGAACUCCUUAAAAAACAGAUAGAAAUUUGAAUUGUUUUAAAUGGCAUUAGAAAAGCGAGAUUUAUUUCUGGCCAAUCAGAAUUCAACACACCACAGCUUGACCGAUGAGAAUCAAGGAGGAGGGACCGCCUGUGAUGUCACAGAAACUGGGAUGAAAGAACAGGAAGUGCUGAAUAAUGAGCAGAAAGGAAAAGAUGUAACAGGACAGGAAGUGCCAGGCGAGGGGGCUGCUUUGUGCAAGUUCUACUUGCUGGGCCGCUGCCACUUCGGGUCGAAGUGUCGAAAUCUGCACAGCAAUCUUAGGAGGGGAAAUGUUUCCAGGAAACAGGGAGAAGAAGAGGAAGAGGAAGAGGGAGAGGGAGAGGGGGGACCCCAGAAAAACAACCAAGGGACAAAGACGAAAAUGAAACCCCUGGGAAACGAAAACAAAAAGGGGCCUCGCGAGAAAGCAAGCAAGAAGCCCCGGAUGAAGACGGCGGAGGACGUCAUCGCCAGGAUCCUGUGGGACCCCCAGCUCCGAGCAGAGGAGUUCUCGGUGGGGUACCUCGAUCGCUUCGUGGGGGUGCUGGAGAGGCCCUUCUCCGAGUUCUGCUGGGAGGACCUGGCCUCGGUGGACCAGUACGAGACCCUGGCUGUGCCCCAGCACAGGAUUCAGUACUUCAAAUACCAGGACCAGAUCGUCUGGGACAAGAACCAGAGGAAAGACCUGGUGUUCGGAUCUACAGGGGAGGGGAGGAGUAUCGGGGACGUGAUGAGAGAGGAGGAGGAGAGGAAGAGGGUGAGGGAGAGGGAGACACGACAAAAUGAAGAAUUUGAUGGUGAAUUACAGAAAACAGAUGAACUGGCGAACGAAGAAGCAACCGAAGACCAGGCAGAAAAAGAAGGGAAUGAAAAAGGUGGAAAAGAACUAGCCUUGAGGCUAAAAGUCUUUCUCAGUGUCUGCCUUCUCAUUAUAACACUUUGGUCCCCCCCCCUCCCCCUUUCUAAAUUUUUUACCUUCACAGGAAGUGACGCAGAGCUAGAAAACCAAAAAGUCAAAAUACAAGCGAGCACUUUCCUCGCCCAACACCAACCUCAAACAAUAGAUUCUGACACCGAGCACGACACAGACCAGUUCAAACCAGAACCAGAACCACAGCGCCUGGGACCGACCCCGACCAUGCCACGCCUCCGCAGACCGAACCACUUUGCAGCAAUCCGCCUCUUGGAAAAGGAGUUCCGGCAGGCCUCAGUACAAAUCCGAGACUGCUUGACGAGACUCGAUAGUGGUUUAGCGGAACACUUUGUACCAGUUGAGACCCUUCACAUCUCCCUGUGUCUCCUGAAACUAGACACCCCGGUGGACGUACAGAGAGCCAGGGACGCAUUACAGGAGUUUGGGUUUAAUAACAGACGCCUCCUGCCUCCACCGUUAGUCCUGUCCUUCCCUCACGAGCUCAGAGAUUUCAAAUCCACAGUCUUGUACCUUCAGCCCGAGCCCCUGGCCCGGCUCCAUGCCCUCGCGAGGUCCCUGGAGAGGGCAUUUAAAGACAAAGGGCUGUCUGUGACGUGCCCGAGUGAAAAUCUCUGUCCUAAAGGCAUCAAACUGCACGCGACGCUGGCUAAGGUGCGGAAAUUGCCCAAAGGAACAGAGGCCAGCUCCCAAACUGUUCAGAGCAUCCCGGAAGAGCUUUACAGCCAGGCUCCGGCUGCUGAUUUCGGAUGCCAGGUUGUAGACACUCUAGAGCUGUGCUCUACAGGGAGUGCAAGGCGCUGUGAUGGCUUUUACAACACCCUGGCUACUGUCAGACUCCAUUGAACCAACUGAGUGUGAUUCAGACAGUCCCCCUGAGUUUCAAUCUGCAUAGUUUUAUAUAUUAUACAGCAACAUCAAACACGAUUCAGACA